UCAUGGAGAUUUUGUGGAAGACGCUGACUUGGACCCUGAGCCUGGUGGUGAUGGCUGCUUCUGAAUUUCAAAGACUUUCACACAACUCUCAAGAGGAGUUCCUGUCCUACCUGCAGCACUACCAGGUGACUGUCCCGGUGCGGGUGGACGAGAGCGGGGAGUUCCUGAGCUACACUGUGAAGCACCACCGGCCGGGCCGGCGGAGACGCGGGGCGGCGGACCCCGCGGCAGGCCAGCUGCCCGCCUUGGACCCGGACCCCCAGCCGCAGCCCCGGCUGUUCUACAGACUGUCGGCCUACGGGAAGCACUUUCACCUCAACCUGACGCUCCAACCCCACCUGGUGUCGAAACAUUUCACCGUGGAGUACUGGGGACGGGACGGCCUGGAGUGGCGGCACAACGCGGUGGAUAACUGCCACUACGUCGGAUUCCUGCACAAUCAGCAGAGCACGUCCAGAGUGGCGCUCAGCAACUGCAAAGGCCUGCACGGUGUCAUAGCAACAGGGGAGGAUCAGUAUUUGAUAGAGCCGUUAAAGAACAUCUCCUCCUCCGGUGAAUGGAACCUGGAAGAAGCACAGCAACAUGUUAUUUAUAAAAUGUCUGCCAUUCCCUCACCGCGAGAGCACAGCCAGGAGCUCAGCUGUGGCAUUUCAGACCUCAUCAAAAGCAGCGCGCCCCGCCAGUCGAGCGCACCUUCCCCCGGCCGCUUGGCGCCCCAGAACGAAAGCGAGCGGCGCCCGCACGGCGCCCGCAGACGGAGACGCUCCGUCAGCUCCGAGCGCUUCGUGGAGACGCUCGUGGUGGCGGAUAAGAUGAUGGUCGGUUACCACGGACGCAAAGACAUCGAGCACUACAUCUUGUCCGUGAUGAAUAUUGUUGCCAAACUUUACCGUGAUGCCAGUCUAGGAAAUGUUGUGAACAUUAUUGUGACCCGGUUGAUCGUUCUGACUGAAGAUCAGCCUAACCUGGAGAUUAACCACCACGCUGACAAGUCUCUGGACAGUUUUUGCAAGUGGCAGAAGUCCAUCCUGUCUCAUCACAGCGACGGCAACAGCAUUCCAGAAAACGGGAUGGCUCACCAUGACAACGCCGUCCUAAUCACCCGGUACGACAUCUGCACCUACAAGAACAAACCCUGCGGUACCUUAGGCUUGGCCUCGGUGGCUGGAAUGUGCGAGCCGGAGAGGAGUUGCAGCAUCAAUGAAGACAUCGGCCUCGGUUCUGCUUUCACCAUCGCACACGAGAUUGGCCACAAUUUCGGGAUGAACCACGAUGGGAUCGGGAACUCCUGCGGCACCAAAGGCCACGAGACGGCCAAGCUGAUGGCCGCCCACAUCACGGCCAACACCAACCCGUUCUCCUGGUCCGCCUGCAGCAAGGACUACAUCACCAGCUUCCUCGACUCAGGUCGGGGGACGUGUCUGGACAAUGAACCAAUGAAACGAGACUUCCUGUACCCAACAGUGGCCCCGGGGCAGGUGUACGAUGCAGACGAGCAGUGUCGCUUCCAGUACGGAACAUCCUCGCGCCAGUGCAAGUAUGGGGAAGUGUGUAGAGAGCUCUGGUGCCUUAGCAAAAGCAACCGCUGUGUAACCAACAGUAUCCCUGCAGCCGAGGGGACCCUGUGCCAGACCGGCAGCAUCGAGAAAGGGUGGUGCUACCAGGGGGAGUGCGUGGCGUUCGGUACCUGGCCUCAGAGCGUGGACGGGGGCUGGGGGCCCUGGUCGUCGUGGGGGGAGUGCAGCAGGACCUGUGGGGGCGGUGUGUCCUCCUCCAUGAGGCACUGUGACAGCCCAGCCCCGUCGGGAGGAGGGAAGUACUGCCUCGGGGAGAGGAAGCGUUACAGAUCUUGUAACACAGACGCCUGUCCCGCAGGAUCUCGGGAUUUCCGAGAGAAGCAGUGCGCCGACUUUGACAGCAUGCCUUUCCGUGGGAAAUACUACAACUGGAAGCCGUACACUGGUGGCGGCGUGAAGCCCUGCGCGCUGAACUGCCUGGCGGAGGGAUACAACUUCUACACCGAGCGCUCUCCGGCCGUCAUCGAUGGCACCCGGUGUCAGGCCGACUCCCUGGACAUUUGUAUCAAUGGAGAGUGCAAGCAUGUGGGCUGCGACAACAUCCUGAGCUCUGAUGCUAAAGAGGACCGAUGCCGCGUGUGCGGCGGCGACGGCAGCACCUGCGAGGCCACAGAAGGACUCUUCAACGAGUCUCUACCCAGAGGAGGCUACAUGGAGGUGGUUCAGAUCCCGAAAGGAUCCGUUCACAUCGAGAUCAAAGAAGUCGCCAUGUCCAAGAAUUACAUCGCGCUGAAAUCUGAAGUGGACGAUUAUUACAUCAACGGCGCGUGGACCAUCGACUGGCCCAGGAAGUUUGACAUCGCGGGGACGGCCUUCCACUACAAGAGACCCUCUGACGAGCCGGAGUCCUUAGGGGCGCUGGGAGCUACCACUGAAACCCUGGUUGUCAUGGUCCUCCUUCAGGAGCAGAACCUGGGGAUACGCUACAAGUUCAACGUGCCCAUCCAGCGUACGGGAAGUGGCGACAACGAGGUGGGCUUCUCCUGGCACCACCUGCCCUGGUCCGAAUGCUCAGCCACCUGCGCUGGAGGCUCCCAGAAGCAGGAGGUGGUGUGUAAAAGGCUGGACGACAACUCGGUGGUCCAGAACAACUACUGCGACCCGGACGGCAAACCUCCAGAGAACCAGAGAGACUGCAACACCGAGCCGUGUCCUCCAGAGUGGUUCAUCGGCGACUGGUCGGACUGCGGGAAGACCUGCGACGGCGGCACGAGGACGAGGACGGUCCUCUGCAUCCGGAAGAUCGGCCCCGCCGAGGAGGAGACGCUGGAGGACACCCACUGCCUGACUCACCGCCCCAUCGAGCGAGAGUCGUGCAACAACCAGUCCUGCCCGCCCAAGUGGGUCACCUUGGACUGGUCGGAGUGCACGCCGAAAUGUGGGCCCGGCUUCAAGCACCGCAUCGCCUUGUGCAAGAGCAGCGACCUCACCAAGACCUUCCCGCCCGCCCACUGCCCGGGCCACAACAAGCCUCCGGUCCGGAUCCGCUGCAGCUUGGGACGCUGUCCACCUCCUCGCUGGAUCCCCGGUGAAUGGGGACAGUGCUCGGCCCAGUGCGGCCUCGGCCAGCAGAUGAGGACGGUCCAGUGUCUGUCGUACACCGGGCAGCCGUCUCACGACUGCGCCGAGUCCCUCCGACCCACCACCAUGCAGCAGUGCGAGAGCAAGUGCGACGCCACCCCCAUCGCCAACGGUGACGAGUGCAAAGAUGUAAACAAAGUGGCCUACUGCCCGCUGGUGCUGAAGUUCAAGUUCUGCAGCCGUGCGUACUUCAGGCAGAUGUGCUGCAGGACCUGCCAGGGACACUGACGCCUUUCGGAGAGGGAACGGCUCGAAAAAGACGGAGGGAGGCUGACGCGGCACUGCGAA